AUGGCCUCCCAAAUAACCCCAAACACCUUCUCCACAACCACAGGCCCUGCACCAAAAACGACAAUCUUCUUCGUAUCCGGAAAUCCCGGACUAAUCGGCUAUUAUCAUCCAUUCCUCUCCCUUCUCGCCCAAUAUCUCACCAAGGAGACCUCAUUCCGGAUCCACGGAAGCUCCCUGGGUGGGUUUGAGGUCGGAAAAGAAUCCCCCAAGGAUCUUGAUCUCGAAGAUCAGAUCCGUUUCGUGCAAGAGAACCUCAAUGCUUUAAUGACCGAGAAGAACAAUGCUAGUCCCAAAGACAGCAAUGGAAAUACCACCAGAGAGAAGGUCAUAUUGAUCGGCCACUCUGUCGGCGCAUACAUGGCCAUGGAGAUCUUGAAUCGACAUCGCGAUCAACCCUUCGAUAUCAUCGGUGGUGUCAUGCUUUUCCCAACCGUCAAGGAUAUUGCCGCUUCGCCUUCCGGGCAAAAACUAACGACCUUGUUGUCGAUAGUACCGCGUUUGGCAUUGAUAGUCAGUCUCUUCGCGCGGCUUCUGACAUUCUUGCUCCCGGUCUCGAUUCUUCGGGCUGUCAUUCGAGCCGUGAUGAAUGAUCCACCAUCUCACGCGCUAGAUACUACGUGUCUGUUUCUAAAGAGUCGGGGUGGCGUCAGACAGGCUUUACAUAUGGCUGCUGAUGAAAUGCGCACUAUUACCUCGGACAAGUGGGGGGAUGAUGUCUGGGGUGCUGCGCGCGAACCCGUCGCUAAGCUGUUUUUCUACUUUGGAAGGAAUGAUCAUUGGGUGGCAGAGCAGACGAGGGAUGAGAUUGUUGCGCUUCGGGGGAGGGAGGGUGGUCCUACGAUGGUUGUCUGUGAAGAAGGGUUGCCGCAUGCGUUUUGUCUGAGUGAGUUUUUGGUGUUUCCCUUGUGGAUUUCAUGUGUGCUUGGCUGA